GGCGCGGGAGGGGCCCAGCCCGCCAGGGGGGCCGGCGGCGCGCUGAGGCGGCCCGGGGCGGGGGCUGCGCCCGCCUGCGCCCGCCUGCGUCCCGCCGCUCCGCAGGCCGGUGCCGCCCCGCCGCCGGCACGGGGCUACCGCUCCCCGCCGCGCUUCCCGCCCCGCCCCGCGGCCCUUCCGGGGGCCAGGCCCGCCUGCUGCUCCGCCCCGCCGGCCGCGUCGCCGCCGCGGCUGCCCAUGGAGGCCGAGGCAGAGGUGCGGCUCCUCUUGCAGGAGGCUCGGGAAUGCAUCGAGGCGGCGCGGAGCUACCGGCGGGAGCUGGAGCAGCGGCUGCGGGGGCUGCACCAGGCGCGGAAGCAGAUCAGAGAAAGUGCAACGCUGACCAGAGAUGUACUCGAGCAGCAUUUUAACGAUUUGAAAGGGACCCUAAAGAAGCUGUUGGAUGAGCGACUAAUGUCACUGCUGCAGGAAGUAGAUGCUAUCGAACAAGAGAGCAUCAAACCCUUGGAUGAAUGCCAGAAACUAAUAGAGCACGGAGUCAGUACAGCCGAUGAUUUGCUCCGCGAAGGAGAGAGUGCAGUCCACGGAGAUGUGGGACAACAGAAUGAGAAACUUUGCAGCUUUACAAAAAAAGCUUUACAUAUUCAGCUAGAUAGCUUACCAGAAGUGCCCUCCUUGGUUGACGUGCCUUGUUUAUCUGCCCAGUUGGAUGAUUGCCUUCUUACUAUAUUGAAAAAUCAAAUAUUCAGACAUGGAACUGUGGCAUCUCGCCCACCUGUACAGCUAGAGGAAUUUGUUGAGAAGCCUGGAGGUAUUUUAGUCCGAUGGUGUAAGGUGGAUGAUGACUUCAUACCACAAGAUUACCGGCUGCAAUAUCGUAAGGGUACUGCCAAUCAAUUUGAAGAUGCGUACGUCGGCUCGGAGACAGAGUUCAUAGUGCUGCAUAUUGAUCCAAAUGUCGAUUACCAGUUCAGAGUCUGUGCCCGAGGAGAUGGACGGCAGGAGUGGAGUCCAUGGAGUGUUCCUCAGAUCGGCUGCACCACGCUGGUUCCCCACGAAUGGACAGCUGGUUUGGAGGGUUACAGCUUGAGCAGUCGAAGAAACAUAGCGCUUCGAAACGACUCUCAGUCAUGUGGUGUGCUCUACUCCAAAGCUCCCACCUACUUCUGUGGGCAGACAUUAACAUUCAGAAUUGAAACCGUGGGACAGCCAGACAGACGAGACAGCCUGGGUGUGUGUGUGGAGCAGCAGAAUGGCUACGAUUCCCUGCAGCGCGAUAAAGCGGUGUGCAUUAGCACCAAUGGGGCAGUAUUUGUAAAUGGAAAAGAGAUGACAAACCAGCUGCCUGCCGUAACUUCUGGAUCGACUGUGACAUUUGACAUGGAAGUUGUACAGUUAGGGCCUUCUGGCACCGAGGGGGGAAAUGUCAAGCUUCGAGUAACCAUUAGCUCUAACAACAGAGAAGUGGUCUUUGACUGGGUACUUGAUCAGUGUUGUGGCUCUUUGUAUUUUGGAUGCUCGUUUUCAUACCCAGGCUGGAAAGUUUUGGUGUUCUAGCAGAAAGCAAGCAGAUUUCAUAAAGGGUAAUGUUAAAACCUGGGUUUCCAGCUGUUCAACAUCAACAACCUGUUAACAAAAACUGUCUUUAUACUACUUGAACUCCACUAUAUUGUAUUUCCUACUGGAUUCAUGUAAAAAAAACAAUUGUGAAACAUUGGAUUUGUUACUCUGGAAAAAGUUAGAAGCAGGCAUUUGUGUAGGCAAAGUAAUUUAAGCAGUUCGUAAGACCUUUCCCCUUUUUCCUCCAGACUUGAUUUUUGUCAGUAUUUCAUUGUACUCUAGUCUCAGGGUACGUGUGUUGUGUAGAAAUAACUUUGCUUAAUGCUGCUGUUCUGUGAAAUAAGCCUGUAAACAUUUAGAGGGGUGGUAAGGGACCAAAGUUUUAUUUAUACCACUCAAAAAGAUCAAAGUAUUUAGAGCAGUGAUGUCCUGCUACGCCUCCUUGUACACAGUGCUGCCUUAAUAGUGUGAAUGCAGAGGGGGUUCUGCGUGUAACAGCCAUUUCUUCCACGCACGGUACUGUUUGUUCCUCCAGAGCAAGGACGUCUGAGCCAUAAUGUCUGUUUAAAUAUGUAGCCAGUCUGUUAAUGUCUCACUUAAGUGCCUUAUUUCCAGAUAUUUCUUGAACUAUUUUCUGUGUUGUCACUUGGAAUAUAUCUUCCAGAAUAGCUGCAUGGUGAUGCUUACAUCAAUUUAAUGCAGAUGCUUGCCUCAAACCAGACCAAUGCCUAGGGUUGGGCGGUUGUCCUUAUCUGCUCCGAAGGUCUUCCCUAGUUGUGACUCACCACGUAGCCUGUGUCAGAGCAAGUCCUGGCGAUUUAGUCCCUAGGCAUGAUGUGCGGAUCGGCAGCCACGAUUCCAUGCACAGCCCCCUAAGACUUGGAAAGAAGCUCCUUUCUGUUGUCCCACGACAGAGACAAGGGAAGUGCUGUUGUGAUGUACAGGAUUCCAGGAAAUCCCAGCGAGCCACUGGGGAACACCUUGCACUCAUGGGCAAUAGUACGGGUUUAUGGUCCGAGCAGUUGGGACGGACGAGGCAGCCUGGGCAUGCUGGGGCUGCUGCUGGAGAUCCCCCGUGGGAGAGGAUGGGCUGAGGUGCCCUGUUGGCAGAGGUGGUGGUAAUUUAGCACUCUCCUCCACCCAGCAGGAUGGGGUAAGAGAUUAUUAUGAAUUAAUUGAUGUUUAAUUCAGAAGUUACAUAAAGUUACCACUAAUUCCCCUAAGGAGCAACUGAAAGUUAGAAUGAACUUAGAGAGCCUAUUCCUGGUCAAAAGGUUGCAAUACUACUGCAGUUAAAGAAUAUUUUGAAAUAAUGUUAACUGAGGGCGUUCUUACCUCAAAUUCAAUUAAAAUUAAAUAUAUUUUAGCAUGUCAGAAUAGCAGUAUUUUUAUAGAACCUAGACAAUCAUUCUGCCCUUUUUCCUUUGGUGUCAACAUGCUAAUUAGCUCUCUAUGCUAGCAUAAAGAGCUUAAUUUACAUUAGAUUAAUAACCCCCAUACUUUCCUUGUCGGUACAAAAAGAUCAGUAAUCUUGCCUGCAUUUUUUUUCCCCAAGCAUCCUUAGUAGGGGUACAAGAAUUCAGAAGAGGAAAAGGGCUGUUGGUAUUUCUACCAUUUAAAAGAGGAAAAAAAAUUGUGAGUAGAUUCAGGUGGAUGCAAAGAACUUGCACAAGGCAGAGCUAGGUUGGAAUUUCCUGCCAGACACAAAGUGAGGAGGACUGGAGACCUGCAGGUAAGAUGAUCCAGUGUUAGCAACAAAAAGCCUGCAGUAUUCUCAGUUUUUCAAGCUCAACUAUUUCACAGUCAGGAAGUAAGAGAAUACUAGCUUGUCCUGUACUUCCAGUGUUCCUUUGUGAAGUGUUAUUGUCAAUACUUAAAAAAUACGGUUCUUUUCCUGUAGCCAGGAAGGUUCAGUAGAUGAUAAAACUGUAUCAGCCUGUUUAGAGGGUCAGCCUGGCACUCCAGCUAGCAGCCGGCUUAAAUCUUGCUCCACUUAGUGCUGAUAAUUUUACUUCGAUACUUAGGUGUCAGGUACUAGUUGUAACUUAGUACUUUUACCGUAUGGAAACUACAGUUGUGACUAUGUACACUUGUGAGGUACCGCCAGGUCAGGUACCUUUUCACCGGCUCUGGGAGGGGCUAAUCGGACUGUGGAUUCCACAGGAUACAUGCUUGCGUCUUCAAAAGUUCAGCUUAAGCCUUGAAUUCAGGUACUUCCAGAGAUCCUAACACCUCGUCAGUUUGCUCACAAUAUACAAACAAAACAGCUUAAGAUGACUGUGAAGGGCCACGGGAGGCCCCACUGCUCCCUCCGAGAGCCGAGGAUGGCAAUAGAAGAAACUGUCUUUCUGACUUCAGUCGUUAGCAGUAUGUUCAACAAGGGCAGCUUGCCAAGGGGGGGGUAUUUCAGGGUUUUUUUGUUGUUUUGGUUUUGUUUUGUUUUUUUAACUUAACAGAAGCCUAGCAGUCCACAUUGCAAAUUAGGUACUGUUCAGCCACCUCUUAGAGCUGCACCUUUUAAACCUGGGAGGGGUGAAGAGCCUCAGGAUAAGAGACCCAAGUAAUCAAGCAGUGCAGGAUGCAGUCAGGAGAGGCUCGAAUUGCAAAGGUUGCAAUUCAGUUCUCCCACAAUAGUUCAGCUAGACAGACGACUUGACACUUCUCCUUUACAGAUUUUCACCUCUAGCUGUUGGAGCCUUCUAAGCAAGAGUGUUCACUGCUUAUGGAAUCCAAUCCUUAAAAGUUGUUUUCUUAAGCUAGUACAUUCACUUACCUCAACUAAGACUUGUGUCAAGUGAAAUUUGAAUUUUUUUAAAUAAAGUUUUAUCCCUCA